CCCCCCGCCCACCCGCUCGCUCAGCAAACACAGCCUGAGCCAGCUGUUGCUUACCGAGUGAAUAUUUUAUGUUCCUGACGGUUUCUCUUCCGGUGUGUUAAACGCGAGCUACACGGUGUUUGGAAAGCAAAUCCAGAAAAAUGUCAGAGCAAUCAUUGGAUCGGCAGACCAGCGAAGUUUUGGAUAUUCCCGAGCGGCGUGUGGUAGUCAAAGAUGCUAGUGAAUUACCAACAAGCUACUGUCAGACUCCUGGAGGAACUAUAUUUUCUACUACACCUGGCGGCCUGGUGAACUCUGUGAUGAGGACAGUUCAACGCAAGGGUUAUCCCCAUUCCUUUCAUCUCUCAAAUACUCAGAUAAUAAAAAUUUUUCUCACACAAGUCAGUACCUAACACAAAAGAUGCCUUCCUGCUGAUAUUCUUCCCUCAGAAGCUCCAUCCCUUAUACAGUCACUACAAGUGGAAAAAUCAUUUCUUCACAAUGUUGUCAUAGCUGCUCAUUAAAAAUAGUGGAAACAAGUUGAAAAAUCAUUUUUCUUCAAAAUGAAAAGGGAUAUAGGGAUGGCUCGAAGCACCAAAAGGGAAGAGACAAGGGGUCGUUACACAGCAAAGAUACACAAAGCUACAUGACAGCAUCCCUAUAUCUUUCUUUGGUAUGAUUUGCUUGUGAAUCAAUAGAACAAAGAUAAGGAUGGUGCCAUGUAGGUUGUGUAUCUUUGGUAAUGACCCCUUGUCUCUUCCUUUUUGGUGCUUUGAGCCAUCCAUAUAUCCCUCUUCAUUUUGAAGGAAUGAUUUUUCAACUUGUGUUCACUAUUUAUGAGCAGCUAUGACAACACAGCAUUUUCUUAUUACUGUCACUCUGAUUUGCAUGUAUGUUUUAGGGUUGAUCAUGGGGAUGACUGAAUUCUAUCUUGUUGUGUAGCAGUAGCUGGCUGAUAUGCCUGAAGCAGGGGACAGUAGACACAGAGACUGUCUAUUGUCUCCAUAGGUUAUGGCAUCUUUGCACAGGAUGGUGGUUUCAUUGGAAGGCUCUAAUAAUCAGACUACAAUGGCUACAAGCUUGAGACACAAACAAUGGAUGGAUGGAGUCUAUGUUAGUUACUUUAUAUUCUCAGGAACUACGGGAUUUUAUACGCGCAGGCAGCUCUCUGCACAUAGACUCCUGUUAGUUACUCAGUAUUCUCGGGAACUACGGGAUUUUAUACGCGCAGGCAGCUCUCUGCACAUAGACUCUGGCAAGUUUCUCCCGUGCAAACCAACAGGUAGCUUGUUGGAAAGGUGUAGACCUAUUUUACUUACAGAAGGCACUGGACACUGAGAGUUCCGCAUGUCUACCGCGACAACCGCCAGGUGAAUGAGCACGCGACACUGCAGCAUCAGGACACCGCCCCUUGCUCGGCGCAUGCUGCUCACUGCUUGCUGAGUUACAGCAAAUGGCGUUGUUCCCUCCCUUCCUCUGUGUCAGCUUCCUUAGGUGACCGAUGUUCUCCUGAUCUACAUCAAUCUAGACCCAGGGUCACUGGCCCCAUGCAGAUACUCCAUUACUUUUCAAACAUCUUGCAAAAGCUUGACCUUGCUGAAACGCCCUUUGAUCAAUCUGUCGCCUAAAUGGCAAGUAAUGAACACUCUUCCUAAAAAAUAUCCACCAACUUUAAGAUUAGGGCUCAUGGUUAUAUAUACCAAGUCUGUGAGGGCUUAGCAUUACCAGCACAACUCUUAAAACUUACAUCCUUGCAGGUACACGUAUCAUUUAUGACCGCAAGUUUUUGCUUGACAUGCGGAAUUCUCCAUACACCAAAACUCCACCAUCACGGUUGGCUAUCAUUCCCGACAUUCUCAAGGAGGAACCCGCUCUACCUGCACCACCAAAGGUCCGAAAUCCAGACUUGACAUCCCAAGUGAACAACAGUAAAGAAUGCUGUUGUAGGGUCUAUUGAGCACCGGUUUAAAAUUACCACUACACACACAGUACAAUUGACAACCUAUGGGAAGUGUCAUACAGUGGAACCUCUGAAGAAAGGACACUUUGGGGCCAAUGGUUUUGUUCCUUGCAGGGAGGUCAUCCAUAUCUCGGAGGUCAAAUAAUACUCUAAAGUAGUAGCAUGGGGUUUAAAAAGUGUCCUUUGUAGAGAGGUCGUCCCUAUCUCGGAGGGUCCCAUAUUGGAGGUUUCACUGUAGUGAGAAUGGUAUUGCUACCAUUUCUGCAGAGAUAGACUUCAAGAAUGCUUUUUAGUACAGUCUCCCUAGCAGCAGGGCUGUUUCUGUAACACACACAAUAAUGCCUGGAUUAGCUCAGUUUGUGAGCAUUCAAGUGGUCACACUCCCAUAACCU